AACGCAUUGCAAUUUAAGCUAUUCUUGUCAUCAACUAUCAGAGCUCAUGUCCAGCCAUAAGAUCCCCUAUUCCAUUCCUUAGGCAAUUUCCUGGAAGCUCUUCAUCUGGAAUAAAAUAAAACAAAAAUCAAUACCCAUCCAGAUGGUAUUAUUUUAAUAUGUGGACAGCACCAUAGACUUUAUUAUUACGCCUAAAUCAUCCAACUCUACAUGUGUCUUGACCCAUGAAUCUGACCGUCCAUUUGCAUGAAUCGUGGAUUGAUGCCUGUUUUCUACGUCAACUGUGCACUGCAAUUCUUUGUUCUUUUAAAGGUCCUAUAAUAACUACCCAGAUAAUUUUGGGCCAUGUAACUCCGAGGAAAUAAUUAACACUUGAAUUGUCGUGAAGACUUCCCCAACUUCUAUAUAUUUGUACAUCCAUAACCUUGUAGGUGUAAGUCCACGUCUGAAUUUGUAUAUUUGUCCAGGUCUUGUUAACUCACAGAAGAGAAAUGGAGGACCAAACUGGCACUAGAACUGCAACAAGCGGCGAGUACGAAGAUUUGUUACCGGUGAUGGCAGAGAAGCUCGAUGUAGACGCCUUUGUAGCAGAAUUAUGCGGUGGCUUUCGGCUUCUAGCAGACCCCGUAAGAGGAUUGAUCACGUCGGAGAGUCUGAGGAGAAAUUCAGCCCUUCUAGGCAUGCAGGGGAUGAGCAAAGAAGAAGCAGAAGAGAUGGUAAGAGAAGGAGAUCUUGAUGGGGAUGGAGCGCUCAACGAAACUGAAUUUUGCAUCCUGAUGGUGAGGCUUAGCCCCGAAAUGAUGGAGGAUGCUGAAAUCUGGCUUGAGAAGGCAAUUGAUCAAGAGUUGAGGAAAUCGUCACGUUAAACUUCUUUAUUUGUACCCAUUUAUUAGAUAGCAUCGCUUUUAUGAUAUUUUGACGGAUUUAUGGAUUGUUGAUUAGCAUGAUUCAGCUGAUGAUUCCAAUAUUGUACAGUUAUGUAAAAGCUCUCAGAUGAAGAGGAUCUCCUGCUGUACGAUCAUUGCCCAUAGAAACCAACUCUUGAGUUUAUCAAGAGAUGCACUAGCUA